AGCCUUGCCCGCUCGCCCAGGCGCUGCGCAUUUGCCAGCCAGUCCGCCCGUCCGGAGCCCGGCUCGCUGGGGCAGCAUGGCGUGGUCGCCGCUGCUCGGCGGGCCGCGGGCCGGGGGCGUCGGCCUUUUGGUGCUGCUGCUGUUGGGCUUACUUCGGCCGCCUCCCGCGUUCUGCGCGCGGCCGGUAAAGGAGCCCCGCGGCCUGGGCGCAGCCUCGUCGCCCUUGGCCGAGGCCGGCGCUCCCCGCCGCUUCCGGCGAGCGGUGCCCCGGGGCGAGGCGGCGGGGGCCGUGCAGGAGCUGGCGCGGGCGCUGGCGCACCUGCUGGAGGCCGAGAGGCAGGAGCGGGCGCGGGCCGAGGCGCAGGAGGCCGAGGACCAGCAGGCGCGCGUCCUGGCGCAGCUGCUGCGCGCCUGGGGCGCACCCCGCGCCAGUGACCCCGCGCCGGGCCUGGAGGACGACCCCGAGGCGCCCGCCGCGCAGCUAGCCCGCGCCCUGCUCCGAGCCCGCCUUGAUCCCGCUGCCCUCGCCGCCCAGCUCGUCCCCGCCCCGGCCCCGGCCGCGGCGCUCAGACCUCGGCCCCCCGUCUACGACGACGGCCCCGUGGGCCCAGAGGCCGAGGACGCCAGCGACGACACCCCCGACGUGGACCCGGAGCUGCUGAGGUACUUGUUGGGGCGGAUCCUCGCCGGAAGCGGGGACCCCGAGGCUGUGGCUGCCCCGCGCCGUCUCCGCCGAGCCGCGGACCAGGAUCUGGGCCCCGAGGUGCCCCCUGAGGGCGUGCUGGGGGCCCUGCUUCGGGUGAAGCGCCUGGAGACCCCUUCGCCUCAGGCGCCGGUGCGCCGCCUCCUGCCCCCCUGAGCCCCGGCCGAAUCCUGCGCUCCUUGGGUCCCAGGACUGCUCCACCCCUACACCCCGACUGCUCCCUGUCGGCACGAUGAGAGCGGCUUACCGGCUUACCGCAUCAGCUGCAGUUGCGGCCCUCGACCCCCAACAUCCCUGCCUUUGGCUCCACAAUAAAGAGAUCUGAAGCAGC